AUGAGCAUGGCGCUUGCCAGCCUGGCCAUAUCGCCCAUCAAGCUAGAAGCAUCGCAGCAUCUCUUUCUCACAAAGGUGCGACUUUUUCUGCAUAGCAGUGGACUCCCCCCAGGAAGUAUCACCCCCGGGAGGGCCAUCCCACCAUUGACCCAUCCAUUAACAUCCCCAAGUCGGCAUAUUAAGUCCCUCCAGAGGAGGAGCUUCGCCCAAGUGUUUUUAAAACCGACGAUGACUGGCGCAGAGAGCGAGAAAAAAAUUUACGGACAAGUGCAGGCGGAAGGGGAGGAACCCCCGGCAGGGAUGAGCGCAUCGGGGAAGGUGGCAAACUCGAAAGGAAGUAACAACGAGGGGAAAUCGCAGUGCAAAUCGGAGUGCAAAUUGGAAUGCAAAUCGCAAUGCAAAUCGGACUGCCCCUGCGACAGCAGCUACGACUACGACUAUGUGGUCAUCGGGGCAGGGCCCGGCGGAAUGGCAUCCGCGAAGGAAGCAGCGGCACACGGAGCGAAGGUGCUCCUCUUCGAUUACGUCAAGCCAAGUAACAUAGGAACCAAGUGGGGAAUAGGAGGGACGUGUGUUAACGUAGGCUGUGUGCCAAAGAAGCUGAUGCACUACGCAGGAAAUAUGGGGAGUCUUUUUAAGCUGGACUCUACUCGAUACGGUUGGUCUUGUAACGAUUUAAGUCACAACUGGGCUAAGCUAGUUACCACGGUUCAGUCGCAUAUACGCUCUCUCAACUUUAGCUACAUGACAGGACUGAGGUUAUCAAAGGUGAAAUACAUAAACGGGUUAGCUUUUUUGAAGGAUAAACACACCGUAUCGUAUUAUCUAAAGGGAGACCUCUCUAAGGAGGAAUCCAUCACAGGCAGGUACAUUCUCAUCGCCACUGGGUGUAGGCCACAUAUCCCAGACGAUGUAGAAGGGGCAAGAGAACUUAGCAUAACGUCGGAUGAUAUUUUCUCUAGGAAGAAGGAUCCAGGGAAGACACUAGUCGUUGGAGCAUCUUACGUUGCUUUGGAGUGUGCAGGAUUUCUGAACUCAUUAGGUUACGACGUCAGUGUUUCGGUGAGAUCCAUUGUCCUGAGAGGGUUCGAUUCUCAGUGCGCGCUGAAGGUAAAAAAUUACAUGGAGGAACAGGGGGUCCUCUUCAAACAAGGAGUUCUUCCAAAGAAGUUAACCAAAGUGGAGGAAGAUAAAAUAUCUGUCCUGUUUAGCGAUGGCACCACUGAAUUGUUUGAUACCGUUCUCUACGCAACAGGAAGGAAAGGAGACAUCGACAUGUUAAAUUUGGAUAAGCUAAAUAUUCAAGUCAAUAAAAAUAUGAACAAAAUUAUUGCCAAUGAGUUUAGCUGCACUAACAUUCCUAAUAUCUUCGCCGUGGGAGACGUCGCUGCAGACGUUCCUGAGUUAGCUCCUGUAGCUAUCAAGGCGGGGGAAAUCCUAGCCAGGAGGUUAUUUAAGCAGUCGGAAGAAGUCAUGGAUUACACCUUCAUACCGACGUCCAUUUAUACCCCCAUCGAAUAUGGAGCCUGUGGGUACUCAGAAGAAAAGGCGUACGAAGUGUUCGGAAAAUCCAAUGUAGAGGUCUUCCUUCAGGAGUUUAAUAACCUGGAGAUAUCUGCUGUGCAUAGAGAGAAGCAUGUACGAGCUCAGAAGGAUCAGUAUGACACAGAUACGAGCAGCACCUGUUUGGCCAAACUGGUCUGCUUAAAGAAUGAGGACAAUCGGGUAGUCGGCUUUCACUAUGUGGGUCCUAAUGCCGGGGAAAUUACCCAGGGUAUGGCUCUCGCGUUGAGACUGAAGGCUAGGAAGAUCGAUUUUGACAAUUGCAUCGGCAUUCACCCGACAGAUGCUGAGUCCUUCAUGAACCUCACCGUCACGCGAUCAUCCGGCUUGUCCUUUGCCGCCAAGGGGGGGUGCGGCGGGGGCAAGUGCGGCUAA